AUGGCAUACACCGACGACGCCGUCCAGGCAAAGCUGUCGGCCCUCAAUGAGACGCAGGAGGGCAUCGUCACCGUCGCCCAAUGGAUUAUGUUCCAUAGGCGCCAUGCCGACCGAACCGCGCAGCUGUGGAUGCAGCGCCUGAAGGACUCCGCCCCGAACAAGCGCCUCAGCUUGAUCUACCUUGCCAACGAGGUUGUCCAGCAGUCCAAGGCGCGUAAGAAGACCGAGUUUGUCGCCGCUUUCUCUCCGAUCAUCGCCGAGUCGACCUCUGUCGCCUACAAGGGAGCUCCUUACGAUAUCCAACAGAAGCUGCGACGCGUCAUUGAGGUCUGGCGUCAGAGGGUCAUCUUCGACGCUCCCGUCCAAGACCAGAUUGAAAGGAACUUGGACGAACUCGACAAGACCCGCGGUCCCGGCAAGAAGGCCACUCUGGGUGGCUCUCUCUUCUCGAGUGGCUCCUCCGUCCCGCAAGAGCUCCAGCCUCUGGUGCCCCUCCAGACCUCCCUUACCAAGACGGACAAUGCCUCCAAGUCCAGCGUUACGCACGCCUACAAUGAAUACGACAAGCUGAUCGACCCGGCCAACCCCGUCCCGACGCCGCCCGUCCACGCUGCUCGCCUGUCACAAGUCCUCAAGAACCUAGCGAGCGCCGAGAGCGCCGUCGCCGAGAGCAUAAAGUCGCGCCGGGAGCUGAUCACAGCGAUGGAGAAGAUGCUCGAGGGCCACAAAGCAACGCUUGCCAAGGACGAGGCCGCGCACCAGGAGCUGGGCACGCGCCGGGCCGGCAUCGAGGCCAAGAAGCGCGAGGUCGAGGACGCCAUCAUGCGCGGUCUGUCGACCGAGCCGCAGCCCUCGGGCCCCGCCGCCAACGAUCCGCGCCGCCGCCCCGUCGCCGUGGCCGCCGACGGCAACAACGGCCUGGACGAGCCCCAGCGGCCGGAUGUCGAGGGCUUGACGCCCCCGCCCAUCGAGUCCAUCACCCCCGUCGGUACGCCGCCGCCCGCCUUCGCGCUGCCUACGACGACCGGCGUGACGGGCGGCUUCGCCUCGGAGCUGCCACCCAGCCACGACGAGCCGGCCCCUGGACCCAGCGCCCUCGAGGCCCUCGCCGCCGCCAGCAUCCUGCCGCAGAAGACCCAGCGUGACGACAGCGACCAGGCGAACGGCUACGACAAUGGUAGCGGCGGCUAUCCCGGCGCUGCCAAGAAGAGGAGAGUCGGAAGCGGGGCGGGAGCGGGUGUCGCGGAGCAGGACUUUGCCGAGUUUGCAACGGGCGAUGCCUACGACGGCAUCGACGCUGAUGUUGCGGACAUGCUGAGGAGGGACUAG